GCUCCUGGAAACACUACAUGUAUUCAGGUCAUUUAAAUUUCGCUUUAUUCUUUGAUUUUAGUAUAGAAAUAGAAGGAUUCAUAUCCCAUUCCAUGCUGGAUUGAUAACUUGUGUAAAGUAAUGUUUUAAAACGGACUUAAACGUUGCAACACAAGUCAUAAGAUAAGCGAGGAAACAGAAUUUUUUUAAUAAAAAGAAAAGGAGUUUAUGUAGUACACGUAGCACGGGUAAAUUUAAUCGUAGUCGAAUAUACGAAAUUAAAUAAAACAAAUUUAAAACAAUACUUAAAAAAUUCAAUAAUCACGCAUUUAAAUGUUUAAUACACUUGCUUUAUUUUUACAUAAAUACGCCAGCUAGUAAAAACGGUAAAAAGGAUACAUUUAUUCCAAAAAUGAGUGAUAAAAAAUGGGAACCUAUUUCGAUCGAAGAAACUAUGUGCAGAAUAUAUCCUGAUCAGUUUCAUAUUCUUGAAAAUUAUGGUCGAUCUGACGAUAUCGAUGAGCAAUAUUUGAAAAAUAUAAAUAUUGUAAAUGAACCUAGUGCCUCAAAAAAUAUUUUGCCAGUUAAACAAUUUUCGAUUAAAAUUGUGCCCACCGAAAAUAUUUUAAGUGAUGAUGAAGAUGAUGAUGAUAUUAGACACAUUAAAGAAAUGGAAUUAAAUGAACGUGAACAGAUCAAUUCAAUGAGGAAUGUUGGUUUGGCACCAGAUAUUAAUAGCUAUGUAAAUAGUAAUAAAACAUUCCCCUGUAUCAUAAAUGGGGGAACAAGAAAGCAAAAGAAAGGUCCACCAAUUAUUUUAGAUGAUGAUUUUUUCAAUGUUUCCAAAAUAAAAGAAACUAACAAAAGUAAUUUAAAUUCCGAAAGUGUACAAAAUAACUUGAAUAUAUCUUCAGAAUCAAAUGCCACUUCCAUGACAACAUUAACGAAUGAUAUAUCUAAUGUAUCUUUAAGCAGUACCGAAAGUUCAUUUGAAAGUGUUCCAUUAAAAAAUAAACCAAAAAGUAUUUAUGAUAUUUUAAAAAUUGCAAGAGUACCACCGCCAAAGGAAGAGGAUAAGAACGAAGCAUAUAAUAAAGAAUAUCCAGCCUUAAAUGCAACGAAAAAAAAAGUAAAAAAAAGAUCUUCAAAAUGAAAUUCCAUUUAAUUUGGCUGUUCAAAAACUUUUCCGCAACGUUGGAACUUUAAAUAUGCUGCAAUUAUGGAAUUAUUUUACACAUGCAAUUAUGGAACAAAGAUGCAAUAUUAAUCGAAACUAAAUUUUCAAGAAUCUCCUAUUUAAAGGAAUAGUUU